CUGAUUGGUCCAAAACUAAAAAAUUCUAAGUGAUCUACCAUUUAGUCAUAUUCUUGACACUUACAGGUCGGUCAUGAAUAAUGAAUCCGUUGAUGUUUAAGUUCACACUAUUCUUGUCGACUCUGUUUUGCAUCUCUUUCCACACCUUUCAUCUAAUCUCCUUAUCUCGUCCAACUAUGCUGAAUCUUGAUUCUUUUUCUCCGUUCCAUUUUCACAAUACUAUAAGAUUUUAAAAAGAUCAGUAAGAAUUGUACAAGAACAGAACCAGUGGCAGUAUGAAGACAGAGACUCAAAACCUCCUUUGUGUAAUUAUACUAGUGAUCUUCUCUCUGUUCAUCGCUGGCGUAACAUCAUCAAGAAACCCUCCAGAUACCUGUACCAGAGUCUGCGGAGGACUAUCAAUUCCAUUCCCAUUCGGUAUAGGCGGGGAAGAUUGCUAUCUAAACCCGUGGUACGAGGUUGUCUGUAACAGCAACUCUGUUGCGUUUCUCUCAAGGAUCAACAGAGAAUUGGUGAAAAUCUAUCUUCCAGAUUAUGAGGAGUAUGAAUACUAUGGAGUUGUUCACAUCAAAGGUCCCGUAACUUCCUAUGGUUGUGCUAUAAGAACAUCUCAACCGCUUACACAGCUGCCUUUAAACGUUUCUGGCCAAGGCAGUCCCUAUUUCUUCUCGGACAAGAACCAACUCGUUGCGGUUGGUUGCAAUGCGAAGGCGGUUAUGACGGAUAUCAAAUCGCAGACCAUCGGUUGCAAGUCAAACUGUAAUGAAAGAAAUAGUAGCCAAAAAGUAAGAAACAAGAUUUGCAAUGGAGAUGGAUGCUGUCAGACAAGGAUACCAGAAGGGACGCUACAAGUUCUGGGAGUUAGUUUGGAGAUCCCUGAAGGAAGCAACGCAACAGAAGGAGGAUGCAAAGUUGCUUUUCUGACAAGCGAGAAGCAUCCCGGUUUAAAUGUUACAGAGCAAGAACAGUUUCAUAGUGAUGGGUACGCAGUGGUAGAGCUAGGAUGGUUCUUUGAUACUUCGGAUUCUCGUGUUCCAAGCCCAGUAGGCUGUAAAAACGUGUCAGAUGGAAAUGGUGACUACACGAGCGAGACGAGUUGCCUUUGUUCGUACGGCUACUUCUCUGGUUUCAGCUAUAGUAAUUGCUAUUGUAACAUUAUGGGUUACACAGGGAACCCAUUCCUUCCAGGUGGUUGUGUAGUCAUUGAUAGAUGCAAACGAGAAGAAACACGCAAAAAGUGUGGCAACCGAAUUUGUAAAAAUAUAGUUGGUGGGUUCAUAUGCGAGACCCAGAAACCAGAGAAGCUCAAGCCAGUGAUUCAAGGUGUUCUUAUAGGUUCGGCACUAUUGGUUUUCGCCUUUGGAGUUUUUGGGUUGUACAAGUUUGUUAAGAAGCGGAAGAGGAUUAUCCGAAAGAGAAAGUUCUUCAGACGUAAUGGAGGUAUGCUGCUGAAACAGCAGUUAGCUAGAAAAGAAGGUAAUGUAGAGAUGUCGAGGAUAUUUAGCUCGAAUGAGUUGGAGAAAGCUACUGACAACUUCAACAAGAAUCGUAUUCUUGGGCAAGGAGGUCAGGGGACUGUGUACAAGGGAAUGCUCGUCGACGGUAAGAUCGUGGCAGUGAAGAGAUCCAAAGCCAUGGACGAAGACAAGGUAGAGGAGUUCAUCAAUGAAGUCGUUGUUCUCUCACAAAUCAACCACAGAAACAUCGUCAAACUCUUGGGAUGUUGUCUUGAGACAGAAGUUCCGGUCUUGGUUUAUGAGUUUCUUCCAAAUGGAGACUUGUGCAAGCGUCUUCAUCAUCAUGAUGAGUCUGAUGAUUUCAAGAUGACUUGGGAAGUACGUCUUGAUAUAGCUGUAGAUAUUGCAGGAGCUUUGUCAUAUUUGCACUCUGCUGCGUCUUUCCCUAUAUACCAUAGAGAUAUCAAGACCACUAAUAUACUAUUAGAUGAGAAAUACAGAGUCAAGGUGUCUGAUUUUGGAACAUCAAGAUCGGUAACUAUUGAUCAAACUCACUUGACGACUCAGGUUGCAGGUACUUUUGGAUAUGUGGAUCCAGAGUACUUUCAAUCGAGCAAGUUUACGGAGAAGAGUGAUGUUUAUAGUUUUGGAAUCGUCCUUGUGGAGCUUUUGACCGGAGAAAAGCCGUCCUCCCGUGUCUGGUCCGAAGACAACAGAGGUUUUGCAGCUCAUUUUGUUAAUGCCGUGAAAGAGAACACAUUUCUGAACAGAGUUGAUGUUCGGAUCAAAGAUGAAAGCAAUCUGGACCAAGUGAUGGCAGUGGCGAAACUAGCUAGGAGAUGUUUAAACCGAAAAGGGAAGAAGAGGCCAAACAUGAGAGAGGCUUGGAUUGAGCUUGAGAGGAUUGGUUCAGCAACUCAUGAUUCAAAGGUUCAUAUUGAGGAAGACGAUGAUGAAGAGGAUGAAACCAUGCAACUUAACGUUGAUGAGACUUGGGACUUUGAGGUGACUGCUCCAGCCUCCAUGUUUAGUAGUGCUUCACCAACGUCUGAUGCUGAGCCUCUGGUUCCUCUACGAACGUGGUGAUUUGAUCGACUUAAACACCACUAGAAAUGUACAAAACCCUCAUGAUGGAAAAGUAAAUGUUUGAUUUAGAUUACAAAUCUCUUGCUUUCACCAUGUAAUAAAUACACAUAUUUUCAUAAAUCUUCUUGUGUUGUGAAAGAAA